AUGAAAAAGGUUUGUGAAUAUGAAAUUGGUGGGUCAGGUUUGUUACCACUACACAACAAGUCCUCGUUAUCACCAGAAGAGAUUAGUUCUGAUACUGACUCUGAAACCUUAACGACUGCGUGCCAUCAACCAAGCUUCCUUCACAUGCAUCCACAUUUGACUUCAUGUAAGCAAUUAAAAGCUAUGUGUAGUAAAGCACAUUUGGUGAUGAGAUUAAUUGAAACGAGAAUUGGGCAAGAACCAUUACUUCAGGUGAAAAAAACUUUUGUGUGUUUAUUUCUACCAAAAUACAAAUUUAUAAUUCAAAUGUUCCCAGAAAGGGCGGUUGUUUGGAAGAGUUAGUGAACAGAUACAUAGAAAUUUUCGAAGUAUAAUAAUUCACACAUACAUAUUACCUUAUUAAAGGUUCCAACUUGAGUCGAAAAUGCCCAGGGAGCAUAAGUAUAAGGAAGUCUACAUAGGUGUUCUAUGUUUUUGGCAAUUAUAUUUACUGAUGCCAUUCUUGAAUUUUAAUAUAAUAUAUUUUGCUUUCUUCACACGUGCCAUUUGCUCAAUAUCGAAACUAACUCACCAGAACUUCCAUCACCCUAAAAGGUUUUGUUAUUCUUAUUGAACCUGGUUAUCACAUCCGACUACCUUUCUGUGUGUGCUUUUGUUUGAGAUCUUAUCCCCAUUGCUACAAAGGACAAAAUAUCCCACUACCGUCGCCAAUAUUAUACCGAAUAUUUUCAAGCAGUGGUGGAUUUAUAGGAUUGUUGCACUGUACACUCCUGUUGGCCUUGGGCAACAGGGAUGCAUGGGGUGUGCAAAAUAUUGAAUUUAUCUUACUUUUAAAUGUUUGUGGCAUUCAAAGUUUGUUCUCAGACUUAAGUUUUGGAAUUCAAGGCAGCACCACAGCACCAAUUCAAAAUACUUAUUAGUCCAAUAUUAAUAUUUUUAGUCGGAUACUUUGAUUGAGUAUAACAUUGAAAUGAAUGUAACUGGAACGCCACCUUCAGAUAAAACUGUCUAUCUUUUUCUUGAAGCCAAACGCGUGUUUAUGUCAUGAUUGACUGAUCGAGCGCUCUUCGCAUGCAUGAAAAGACUGGGAGUGGGAAACUUCCGAUUGGAUGUAGUGUUCCAAUUCUAUCCAAUUCAAUGUUGAAUAAUGAAGAAAGCAAAUUCUUAAUUUGGCUGCAAACAUCUAACAUUAUAGUAUUUGAUAAUGAAAAUAUAAAAUAGAAAAGCAAUCAAUAUUCAAGUGUGAAAAAUUAAGAGAAUUGGGAAUUUAUAUUUUAUAUAUUAUUCAACAUAUCUGUAAAUUGUGGCCAAAACUCGUUCCAAAGGCCCAAUAAUUCUUGGGAGGUUUGGGGUCAUGCCCCCCGGAAUAUUUUUAAAAUUUCGAUCCCGGAAAUGACAUCGGCAGCAUUCUGAGAACAAAUUUUGUAAAAAAAGCGUUAAUAAAUUUACAUAACAUCCACUACAAUUAGCAUUUUAGUUCCUGUGCAACUUAUUAUGCUCCAUGGACUUGAAAAUACGUUCUAAUUUUCCUCGUUAUUGUAAUUACUUACAAUAGUAAAAUAUCCUUUGAACAUUAUAUAUAGUCAUUAUUUAAUAUGACAAUUACGUUAUAUAGGUGUGAUUUGUGUUAUUUGGUACAAGAUUUUUGCAGUCUUUCAAAAUUAUUGGGGAGGGGGCUCGGCCCCACCCCUGCCGCCCUCCCCCCUGCCAUAGUGUCCGCCACUGGGUUCGAUGUGCUUUGCUGCUCGCCCAGCUCCCCCCAUAAAAAACUUUGCUGGAUCCACCACUGUUUCAAGACCGAAAAUUAAUUGAAAAUUAGGUACACGUGUUAUCGUCUUGAACACACAAUUUGGCACGCACUAAUUCAUUUACUAACGCUGAAUAUAAAGUGUUCCUUGUCUGGAGUUAAUAUUUUUGUUGGACUUUUACAGGUUUAUAAUAAACUUCUCUCACUCGCAAAAUCUGCUGUUAAAUCAAAAGACAUAAAUUCCUGGCGAAAUAUGCUAUUGUCAACUACGGGGGUAAGUAGGAUUAACACUUAUACUAGAAAUACAUGCAAGACGCCACCAAUGAACGCAAGCUCGCGUUUCUCGCGUCGUGGUAGCCAUGGUAACACGAAUGCACGAUCAUUGUUUCAUUUUUUGUGCAAAACGACAAAGAGGUAUCAGUGCUUAGAUCCAUAGUUUUAACUGAACGACUAACGCUUAUCAUCGUUACCAUCAGAUUUUAAGAAAAGUUAAGUGGACUCUUGAUUGAUACAUGGACAUCAUGCAAUCUCGUACCAAGGCCAUCGUUAAGUGGCUCUGGCCACACAGGUUUGAAAAACGAUCCUGAUUGGUCGAUUUAUUGGACCCAUACCCCCUGUGGUGUUAACGAGCGCGGCCAAUAUGAGUGAAUAUGAUAUAUUUUGCUUUAUUCUGAUUGAAAAUCGACUUCUUUUGACGAUUUUUUGUUGCUUUUCGAUAGGAUAGUGAAUUGUUUUAUGUUAGUUCGACAUGCACGAGACCUAUAUUUGGCCGAAGCUCUAGUAUUAUGAUCGUGAACUUGAUUGUUCGAAAUAAAUAAGUUUUCAAAGGUAAUAAAUCACGGCUAUAAAUAUAUACAUAAAUAUACCUAUACUAUACUGGCUAUACAAUGAGUAUUUAGUUUGAAGAUACCUAAUAUAUUUAAUUUUUUGAAAAGCGGAGCAGAAUGCGCACGGUAAUCUGAGUUAGUCAUUGUUCUAACAGCUCGCUUUUGCAAAAGAUAGAUGGACAACUGAGUAUUAAAUGCCAUCUUGACUUAAAAGUCGCCGCCAAAUUUGCCGUGAUGUUUCGACAAAAAUUUGCCGUGAUGUUUUGAUAAAAAAGUUCGCGUGAUGUACCCAAUUCGCCGUGGCACUUCUGGACCGCUUAAAAAAAUGUUGUUUCCUCAUGUUUUUUUCCCGUGGCCCUUCUGGGAAACCGCUAACAUUUGCUGUUUUGUUUCCAUAAAUAUUUGCCGUGGCACUUCUAGGCCGCUUAAGAAAAUUGUGUGCAUACAUUGUACAAAAUGCAUUGCGAAACCGCGCAAGAACUGAGCUCACAUGUGCUGAGAAAACGCAAGAUGCAAGAAGGUCAACGCGAAGCGCGAACGUAAUGAUUCUUGUUAAACUUUUCUUGUACAAAAUGUGAGAAAUAAUUAUUGGCAAAAUGUUUAAAUACGCUUGUAUGUUUUAUAACUUCUUUUUGUUUCUUUACUUCAUAGUUUCUUCGUUCAAUCUCUAUUGUCUCAGGAAAAGAUCUCAACGUUUUUGUGGAUCAGUGGAUGUAUCCUCAUCAUAUUAUGUUUCUGUACUGA